AUGCGACGAGUUGUCGUGACGGGUCUCGGCGCCAUUUCGCCUUUCGGUGUCGGCGUGCGCACCACAUGGAAUCGUCUCUUAGCUGGAGAGUCUGCCAUAACCAGCGUGGCCAACCUGGAGCCGCAAAACCGCUGGAGAGAUCUGACGAGCACAGUUGCUGGCGUAGUUCCCAGCCAUGGCUCAGAUCCCGAGCAUUGGCGGCCCGGCGACUGGCUGGACGCUACGGAACAGCGCCGCAUGUCAAAGUUUGCCCAGUAUGCCGUGGCUUGCGCCGAGAUGGCCCUGAAGGAUGCCGGGUGGGAGCCGCAGAGCCAAGACGACCGGGAGACCACUGGUGUCUGCCUUGGAAGCGGUAUAGGGAAUCUCGAGGAGGUUUACGAAACGAGCUUGGCCUUCCAUCAACAAGGCUACAAGAAAGUUUCGCCGCUGUUCGUCCCCAAGAUUCUCAUCAACUUGGCUGCUGGCCACAUCUCGAUGAAGUACGGGUUGCAAGGCCCCAACCAUGCCGUCACAACCGCAUGUACCACUGGCGCCCAUUCCAUCGGAGAUGCCAUGCGAUUCAUUGCUUUCGGGGACGCAGACGUCAUGGUUGCUGGCGGUACGGAAUCCUGCAUCCAUCCCCUGACCUUUGCCGGUUUCGGGAGGGCAAGGUCCCUCUCCACGGCCUACAACCACGACCCCCGCGCCAGCUGUCGUCCCUUUGACCGCGACCGCAACGGUUUCGUCGUCUCAGAGGGGUCGGCAGUGUUGGUCUUGGAGGAACUCGAGCACGCCAAGGCCCGGGGCGCCAAUAUUUACGCAGAAGUGAGGGGAUACGGCUGCAGCGGCGACGCCCAUCACAUGACGGCCCCACGCGAAGACGGCCACGGAGCCUUUCGUGCCAUGAAGCUUGCUCUGAAGAACGCUGGGGUCCGGCCGGCCCAGGUGAGCUACAUUAACGCGCACGCGACUGGAACGCAGGUGGGUGACGCGGCAGAAGCUUUCGCGAUACAACGCAUCAUGACAGGCGAAGAGGGCUACACGGACGAGUCGCGUAUCACGGUGAGCAGCACUAAAGGUGCCGUCGGGCAUCUAUUAGGGGCGGCUGGCGCCAUGGAGGCCCUGUUUACCGUCUUAUCAGUUGCAGAGGAUGUUGUGCCGCCUACGCUGAAUCUCGCAAACCCGAACGUUGGGGGUUCCAUGAAUCUGGUACCACUCAAAGCACAGGCGAGACAGGUUGACAUUGCCGUCUCCAACAGCUUUGGUUUCGGUGGGACGAAUGCCUCGCUGGUUUUCUCCAAACUCCACUAG